AUGGAGAAGUCUUACAACAUACUGGAAAUUAAAGAUAACGACAGCGAGCAGUGCUGGGAGAAAACAACUGGAACAAGCCUGUCAACCAGAUUCCCUGAACAUCAGCUCGCCUAUAUGAGGACAAUAAACCUAAUUUCAACUGGAAUGAUCAAUACAAACAAGAACGGGAAGAGAAUGCGUGGUUACGGAAUUGUGGCACUCUACUGA